AUGCUUUCUUUACCUGUCGAAAGAAUGUGCUUCUGGCGAAGAGCACGUCCACCCAGACAGGAGGUGUCUUUGCCACGACCAGAGGAAAGUCGGACCCAGAAGAGCAAGAAGCCCUUCUCCAGCAGUGGCUGGAGGAAGGAGCAGGGAAUUUGCAAGCCACUGAGAGUGCCCCAGCAGUGGGGAACGUGUCAGUUACGCUCACUAGUGACUGGUUAGAGGGUUCAGAGCUAUUGAUGACUAGCCUCAGUGACCUGAAUUUGGCUCCAGAAGUCACCCAGUGUGCUGGUCAGCAGCAUACAGAGCUACACACCUUGGCUUCUUCAGAACCACAAGAUCAUGCAGUCACUGAAGUGGCAAAAUUACCAGCAGAGGAAGCAGUGGCUGCAGCAGGCGGUGACCCUCGAGCACCUGUGAUGCCACAGAUAGAUCACCAGAUAGUUGGCCGUGCCGCUGUCGAUGUGCAGAAUGAAGACCCAGCUGUGCUGGCCUGGAGUUUAGCAUGUGAUGCAGAAACGGUGCCUAUGAGCCCCCCAGCCUGGCCCAUUCAAGAUAUGGUACAAUUUUGUCCUCUCCCAACAGAGGUACCCUACCAUGAGAUUUUGUGGAGAGACUGGGAAGAUCUUUCUGUCCAGCCCAGUGUGCUAGAGCAGGUCCCCAAAAACACUCCUCUCUUUGAAUUUCGAGUCAUGUCUUACAACAUCCUUGCCCAGGACCUGGUGGAGCAGAGCCCUGAUCUCUACUUACACUGUCGUCCAGACAUCCUGAACUGGAAUUACCGCCUUCCAAAUCUUUUGCAGGAGAUACAACACUGGGAUCCUGAUGUUCUGUGUCUCCAGGAGGUGCAAGAGAACCACUACUGGGAGCAGUUGGAGCCAACAUUCAGGGAGAUGGGCUUUGAAUGCUGCUAUAAGCGGAGAACUGGGACAAAGACAGAUGGCUGUGCAGUGUGCUAUAAGCACAGCAGGUUCCAGCUGAUCAGCCUCAGCCCCAUAGAAUAUUUCCGACCUGGUGUGGACAUCCUCAAUCGGGAUAACGUGGGCCUGGUGCUGCUGCUACAGCCUCUGCUCCCGGAGGGCCUGGAUCUGGAGGCAGUCAGUCCUUUUUGUGUGGCCAAUACUCACCUGUUGUUCAAUCCCCGGCGGGGAGAUAUCAAACUGGCCCAGAUAGCCUUGCUCCUAGCAGAGAUCGACAAGAUUGCAAAAACUACUAAAGGCAGCUACUAUCCUGUCAUCUUGUGUGGAGACCUGAACUCCGUACCUGAUUCUCCGCUCUACAAAUUCAUCCGUAAUGGUGAACUUUCCUACCAUGGGAUGCCAGCCUGGAAGGUAGGUGCCAGCAAGAACUGGGAUUCAGUAGCUCUAUGUUACAUGCUGCUGGAGAAAUGCACGGCUGCAUUCUUUCUCUCAUGA